AUGCAACCCACUAUAGCGGUCCCCGCCGUUGCUGCGCUAGUCUACCGAGCAUACUCUCGCAAAUCACUGACUCCAGUCGGUAUUCUGGUGGCCUUCGCGACAGCAGUCGUGCAUGUGUUGCACCCAUGGAGUGUAUUCUUCGUGCUUCUUGCCGUCUUCUUCCUGGCCGGUAGUACUGUGACGAAGGUCAAACACGACAUCAAAGCGAAACUGACACAGUCCGCGACGGGCGCAUCUGGUGGUGAAGGCGAGCGCAAUCAUGUUCAGGUCAUCGCGAACUCCGGCGUAGCCUCGGUGUUACUCUUGCUGCACCUCUGGCAGCUAAGGAAAGAAGGGAGAUACAACGACCAGGGUCUAUGUUGGCACAAAGGGAGUGAUGCCCUGGUCAUAGGCAUUGUAGCCAACUACGCCGCAGUCGCCGCCGACACCUUCUCCUCCGAACUCGGUAUCCUUUCGAAAUCAAAGCCACGUCUCAUAACAGCUCCAUGGCGUGUCGUCCCGCCAGGCACAAAUGGAGGAGUGACUGCGACUGGACUUGGUGCAGGCCUACUGGGGGCGUUCAUACUCUCAGCUACAUCUACGCUGUUCCUGCCCUUCUGUAAAGACUGGAAUGUGUCCGAGAAGAUGACCUAUACACUUGCUCUGACAGCUGCUGGCUUUAGCGGAACACUACUCGACUCGCUUCUGGGUGCUCUGGCUCAAGCGAGCGUUGUCGACGUCCACUCUGGAAAGGUCGUAGAGGGCGAAGGAGGCAGGAGAGUUCUCGUGAAAAGCAGCCAUCCUCUUCAUCUUUCCAAGACAGGUCAAGUGCGCAGUAAAGUCAGCAGUCGUGCGGAAGGCAAGGAAGGCAUUGCAAAGACGAGCGGAGCGGACACUGCGGCGUCGAUCAAGGCAUCGGAGACAAUGAUGAGAGCUGGGGGAAGCGGCAAUGCAGUGGUGGAUGCACAGCAUGAGAGUCGGAAGAUUGAAGUCGGGAGCGAUCUGCUGGACAACAAUGCUGUCAACAUUCUCAUGGCAGCUAUGUCUCUCCGCAUCGUCCCCCACAAGGCGCACUCCACGCAGACCGCUCUGGAGACUUCAGCCCCUUCAGCCCCCGGUGUGCACGAUACCCUGCGCUCUCGCCUCGGCCAAACCACCACAGCAUCCAGCGCCGCCUCAUCGUCGACAGCACCCGUCGCUCUCCAGUCCGCCCACCCUCUCGAGGCCCGUCUCACCCAAUGGCGAGACACCCAAGACCGCCUGAAGAUGGAGAUGCUGAGGCGACAGUUUGGCAUCGCAGAGCCAGUGCGUAGGGGUAUGGAGCUCAAGAUCGCUGAGGCGGGCGAGUGGAGGCCAGCAACUCUAGGUGGAAGUAGCAACGUCCACCGGGACAUCCUGCAGGGACGGGACACGGAGAUUGGCUGGGAGGAUGUCUUCACUGGAAACGAGCUGCGUGAGGUGCCAGACUUCCACACGGAGAUUGAGCACAAGAUGAAGAUGAACUGGUAG